AGUCGUCAAUCGUAGACGCGUGUUGCUGCGUGUCGUUACUCGCACGGAAGCAACUGUAAGCAACUUCCUUUUUACGUAUUUGUACUAUACUAUGUGUGUGUACUCUGAACUAUCGUACGGGAGACCUUGAGUGUUUUUUCGCUGCCCUUUCACACAUAAAAUCCAAGCGAGGACCAAGCCUCUCAGUCAAUCAAAUCCGAUACAACGUUUUUACAUUAAAAAAAAUGAGCCUGGCAACUCCAUUGAAACGCUCAGCGUCUGCCUCGAUAAAUUCGGAUGUUUGGGAGGCACGAGGCUCUGAUGAUGAAGAACAAGGUAAUAAUGAACCAGAAUCGAAGAAGCAAAAGUACUCGUGGUAUGUGACAUUGGAGAGUGAAACUCCGGAUGGUACGUCCGAGGAUGAGAGUGAUAUUGAAACUGUUUACAGUGUGCAGGAUGAGGAAACAGAGUUUGCUCGUGACACAUCGGACACAUCAACCAAUACGUGGAUUAGCACUGACACUGCAGACGUGUCGGUGCAUGUCGAGUAUGAUGUGGCAUCGAUGUCUGAGUCAGACAAUCCUUUCUUGGAUGGUUUGUCUUCGUCAGAUCCCGAGGACAUAAUCCCCCAAGGAAUUCUCGCCGAAUUGAUUGAAUCGGACAUGGACCAGGCUGACAACAGUGACGACUCUCGUUCCUCCUUUGACAGCGAAAUUGGUCGCGCCGAUUACUGGACAUGUGUGCAGUGCAACAUGAAGAAGAAUAAUCCCCUAUUUCGUUACUGUGAGAAAUGCUUCCAGAUAAGAAAGAACUUCUUUCCCCCACGACCGAAAUGGAAGAGACGUAGAAGUAAAAAAGCACCGAAAUCCCUGGAAAAGUCAAGCCUAGAGCCCAAAAACUCGCAAGAGGAGCUGGUGAAAAUGGAUUCUGGAUUGGGGUCGAGUCAGGGGAGUCAGUCAAUCUCAGAGUUCGAUUCUGAGAGUGCGGCCUCAUCCCAGUGCACAGACAUUACCCUACCAACGUCUCCAUCGUUUGUGAAAAACUCCGACGACAUUGUGGACGGUAUUUCCUCUAGAUUCGUCCCCAACAAGACCCUCAGUCAGUGUUCUACACCAAAGGAUUCCCAACCCGAUGUCCGCAUAAUUCACAUACCUGAUGCGGCACAGCCUGAAGACGAUGGGGACAAUAAAAAUUGCAAUAUGUGCACUGUUAAUCCUAAGGACGGGGUAUUUGUCCAUGGAAAGGCGUCACACAUAUGUUGCUGCUACAAGUGUGCUGUAAAAACGUGGAAAGCCACGAAAUACUGUCCCAUUUGUAAUAGAAAAGUAACGAACGUUUUAAAGGCUUACAUCGUAUGACAGUAUUGCUAUCAAAUACAGUGACUUUUUUGCCAAAAUGUGUUCUUUCUCUCGAUGAUUGAUUUUUCUCUUUGAGAUGAAUUUUAUCCAUUUGGGCAGUGGGGCCUGAUCAAUGGCCAGGCGAUUUCAUAUUUUAUUUCCUCUUCAAGCAAUUUUCUUUCUUUCUUCUAUUGUUAAUAUUUUUUAUUCAUCGUGAAAGUCACAAAGAACGGGGAAUUAUGAUAAAUCGUCUGGCUGCUCGUCAACUGAUCCUCAAUAAGAAUUUCUUUUCUAUUUGGAGAGAAAAGAAAAAUUAUGGAGAGAAAAGUUUUUUCCAUUGUUUAAUAUUUAUCAUUCAGGCAGAUAAAAUUGCGAGUGCGGAGUAUGAUGAGUAAUGGCGAACCAAAAAUUAUUGAGAUCUUUAGAUUUUUUUCCAAUAUAGGUGAAAAUUAUAGUAAUUGAGGAAUGAAUUGGCGGGGCAAAGUUUAUGGAGAUUAAUAUACUUUCGUUUUCUCCUGUUCAAUAUUUUCCGAGAAUUAUUAUUGAAAGUGAAUAAAGUGUUAUCAGAAA